AUGCAUCUCUACAACGCAUGGCUUCCGCCUCAAGUAGCCGAGGAGACGAAGAGGGAGUCGGAGUCGUUUGCUGUCGUCUUGAGAUCCAUAAAGGAGGCUUGGCGGCCGGAGGAUCCUGAAUCUGUUUACUCCACUCUGAAGUGGAUCUCCGUCCUUGACCUCUUUAUAAAAGCGAAGAGUGAAGUUUCUUUGGAAGAUGUAAAGGAGCUGGUUGAAUCUGGUUUGGAGAUUUUUAACGCGUCGCAGAACAAACUCUACGCCCAAGUUAGAUGGGGAAGUAUGUUAGUCAAGCUCUUAAAGAAGCAUGGCAAGAAGUUAUCACUUAGAAUCUACUGGAAGCCUUUGUAUGAUACUUUGAUGAGGACGCACUUUAAAAGAAAUACAGGCCCAGAGGGUUGGCGAUUGAGACAACGACAUUUUGAGACUGUUACAUCGCUCGUUCGUUCUUGCCGGAAGUUCUUUCAUGCUGGGUCAAAUUUUGACAUAUGGACAGAGUUCAGGCCUUUUAUGGAAAAUCCAUGGCAUAAUUCCUCUUUUGAAGGUUCUGGUUUUUUGAGGCUCUUUCUAACAACGAACAUAGAGAAUGCAGAUUUCUACACAAGUGAACGGAUAAGAGAGUUCCUUGACCUUUGGAACUCCAUCCCAAAUUGCCAAUUUUGGGAUAUUCAGUGGGCUUCCAUUCUUGCACGUUGUAUAAAGAAUUGCAAGUCAAUUGAUUGGGAAUGCUUUUUGCCAGCACUUUUUACCCGGUACCUUAAUAUGUUUGAGAUUCCCGUGUCAACUGGAAAUGGAGCGUAUCCUUUCCCUCUUGAGGUUCCUAGAAACACAAGAUUUCUGUUUUCCAGCAAAACAGGCACGCCUGCGAAAGCUAUAGCAAAAUCAAUAGUUUUUCUCUUAAAACCUGGUAGUUUGGCGCAUGAGCACUUUGAGAGAUUGGUGUGCCUUCUGGAGCAAUAUUACCAUCCUUCAAAUGGAGGCCGUUGGACUUAUUCCUUGGAGCGCUUAUUGAGAUACUUAGUAAUUAGCUUUCAAAAGCGCCUUCGGCAUGAACAAUUUUAUGCCAAGGAUGACAAACAGGCUGUCUUGUCUUUGGGAGCAUUAGAAAGAUCUUCUUUUGUUAAAGUGACCCUGAAAUUAAUUGAUCGUGGUCAAUACAGCAAAACCGAAACUCUUUCAGAAACAGUUGCUGUUUCAACUUCAGUUUUAGCAUAUGUGGAGCCUUCUUUGGUCCUUCCUUUCAUUGCUUCUCGCUUCCAGUUGGCCCUGGAGACAAUGACUGCUACCCACCAGUUGAAAACUGCUGUUACCUCAUUGGCGUAUGUUGGCCGUGCUCUCUUUCUUGCUUCUUUGUUGCCCUCUCCCCAAAAGGAGGAUUUAAAUUCUAGUGAUUCUUUCAUGGAUGUUGUUGCAAUAUCGCUUUCUAAUGCAUUGCUUGGAAUGGAUGCAAAUGAUCCUCCAAAGACCUUAGCAACUAUGCAAUUAAUUGGUUCCAUAUUUUCCAAUUUAAUUGUAGUGGGUGAUAAUGAAGAUGCCCCCCUAUUCCUCCAAAACCUUGCAUUAUCAGAAUGGCUAGAUGAGUUUUUUUGCCGCUUAUUUUCUCUCCUUCAGCAUUUAGAACCAACAAAUGUCAUGAAUGAUGGUGUGCAGACUUCCAUCACUUCAGGAACUUUCCUUGUUGAGGACACCCCUUAUUACUUUUGCAUGUUAGAAGUUCUGCUAGGGAAACUUUCGAAACCAUUAUUCAAUCAGGUAUUGAAGAAAAUUUCCAGAUUUGUGAAUUCAAAUAUUCUUCCUGGUGCUACUGCAGAAGUUGGGCUUCUUUGUUGUGCUUGUGUACAUUCUAACCCAGAAGACUCGGCUGCCAACCUUAUCAAACCACUGCUGCAGUCUGUAACCUCUUCUUUACAAGGGACGCCUACUUACGAAUUUGGUAGAGAGGAUUCAUCUUCAUCAACCAAGGCUACACUUUCCCCAGCUCUUGAAAUAGCAAUUGAGUACCAUUUAAAAGUGCUAGCUAUUGCCAUCAGUUAUGCAGGCCCUCAGCUACUUCAUCACAAAGAUGAGCUGAAAGAAGCAAUUGCCUCUGCAUUCCGGGCUCCUUCAUGGAAGGUUAAUGGAGCUGGUGAUCAUGUUCUUCGUUCUCUCCUUGGAAGUUUGGUUCUCUAUUAUCCAAUUGAGCAAUACAAGUCAUUGCCAGAGAAGGAUGGAGCUUCCAUUUUAGAAGAAUGGGGUUGCUCAAAGAAUGAAAAUAACAGCUCGCUUCCAAAGUGGCACAUCCCUGGAAAAGAAGAGCUUUCAUUUGCAAAUGAGCUGUUGGUUUAUCAUUUUCAAGCAGCUUUAGAUGAUCUUCUUGAAAUAUGCCAGACAAAAGUUCAUGUUGAUGCAGGGAAUGAGAAGGAACUCUUGAAAGUGACACUGUUGCGUAUAUACUCAUCAUUGCAGGGUGUUAUGUCAUGCUUGCCUGAGAUGCGUCCAUCUCUCAGAAGCACAAGUAUUACAGAUCAGGAUUACAAUUUCUUUUUAAUUGCUGGGGCAGUUGGCUCUCCAGUUGGUAAUUCAGAAAUGAGGGAAAGAGCUGCUCAACAAGUACAUGUGGCUUGCAGAUACUUGCUAAAAGAGAGAACAGAUGAUAGCAUUCUGUUGAUACUUAUUAUUCGCAUAAUUCAUGCAUUAGCUAAUUAUGGAAGCUUGGAGUAUGAAGAUUGGUUAAAUCAUAUUCAGGCUUGGAAAUUGGAAUCUGCUUCAAUAAUUGAACCUCCAUGUAAUUUCAUUACUUCUUCCCAUGCGCUUGGAAAGAGAAGACCCAGGUGGGCGCUUAUUGACAAGGCAUACAUGCAUAAUACAUGGAGAUCAUCACAGUCCUCAUAUCAUAAAUUUCGUGCUGAUACUAGUUUGGCUCCAUCAGAACACAUGGUUCCUCUGAUGGAUGAUCUCUUGGAACUCUCUUUGCACAACUAUGAGACUGUUCGUUCGCAUGCUGCGAGAUCUUUAGCAAAGAUGUUCAAGCGCUGGCCACCAUUUAUUGCCAAAUCUGUUCUCAUAAUGACUCAGUAUCUUUCUAAUAAAAAAACUUCAGAACAUGUGGUGUUAGGCUCUUGUGCAGUUCUUUCCAUGAAAACUGUUCUCGGGCAUAUGACAACGGAUGCAACAUCCUUAUCUUCAUUUGUCACGGGUCUUCUGGCUAGCUCCCAUCAUGAAUCGCUGAAAGCUCAGAAAGCUAUCACUGAGUUAUUUGUUAAGUACAAUAUCCACUUCUCUGGUAUAUCAAGGGGCUUCUUCAAGAACUCAGAAAAUCUUGGGGAUGCAGCAGGAUUUGAAGAUUUUGUUUCUAAAAUUACUUCAUUGAGCUUUGACGCUACAAGCAUGCACUGGCGGUAUAAUCUGAUGGAAAAUAGAGUACUACUUUUGUUGAUCUUGUCAUAUCGAAAUUGUUCAAGUGUGUCUGAAAAACUUCUCAGCCAAACUGCGGGACAUUUUUUACGAAAUUUAAGAAGUCAACUUCCUCAGUCAAGGAUGCUUGCAAUUUCUGCAUUAAACUCUUUAUUGCAGGGUGCUCCUUACAAAGUCAAUAGUCAAGAACUUCGGCAUCCCAUCGUUAAUGGAAGAGAAAAUAUGAACUCAUCUAUUGGAAUAUUGGGUGAAAUACUUGAGGAGGAGAAUUUUUUCAAUGAGACACUUAACUGUCUCUCCCAUGUCCAUAUUAUUUCUGACAAUGACAGUUUCGCAUCCAAAGGAAGUCAUGGCGCGUCAUCUUUUCAGAGUGUGACAGACAAAGCGAUAACUUUUUUUUACUUUGACUUCUCAGCAUCUUGGCCACGCACUCCCAACUGGAUGUCGUCAGUUGGGGGUCAUACAUUCUAUUCCAGCUUUGCAAAGAUUUUUAAACGAUUGGCCCAAGAAUGUGGUACACCAGUUUUGCAUGCAAUUCAGAAUGCCCUAGAAGAGUUUUCAGGUUCAAAAGAAAGGGCAAAGCAGAGUGUUGCUGCUGAAGCUCUCGCUGGUAUACUUCAUUCUGAUAUUGACGGUCUUCCAGAAGCAUGGGAUAGUUGGAUAACGUUUCAGCUGGAGAAGCUUAUCAUAGCACCAGCCGUGGAAUCAAUACCUGAGUGGGCAGCUUGUGUUCGUUAUGCUGUUACUGGGAAAGGGAAGUAUGGUACACGGGUUCCUCUUCUUAGGCAAAGAAUUUUAGACUGUUUAGCAAGAGAUUUACCACAGACGGUGACAAGCAAUGUUAUGGCCAAGAGAUAUUCUUUCCUUUCAGUUGCACUAGUUGAAAUAUCUCCACAAAGAAUGCCUGCUGAAGAAUUGGAGUUUCUUGAAAAACUUCUGGCAGAAUUGCUCGAUAACAUGAGCCACUCAUCUGCCCAAGUGAGGGAAGCAAUUGGUGUUACUCUUUCUAUCCUAUGCUCGAACUUAAGACUCUCUACAACUUACUACAGUAAGGAUCCAAAAAGGGGCGAAGACAAUGUCAUGAUCAAAUCAUUGCAAACCGAAGAUUGGGCUAAACUUUUAACAGAAAGAGCCUCUGAAUCUGCAAUAAAUAUACAGAAUUCCAGCCAGUUAGAAAGCAUGGAGACUUUAUCUGAUCUAUAUGAAAAUGGCUUAAAAAACAAUGAAUCUAAGACUGAUAUUAGGAGAAUGGAAAUGCUGUUCCAUUUCAUUAUCUCAUCUCUUAAGUCUGGAAGAUCUUCAUAUUUACUGGACGUAAUUGUUGGACUCCUGUAUUCUGUUAUUUCCUUGCAGGAAACAUCUGAUAAAGAUUUAUCGACGUUGGCAAAGGCAUGUUUUGAAUUGCUGAAGUGGAAGAUUUUACCUCGUCCGUUUCUUGAAAAUGCUGUCUCUAAGAUCCUUUCUUCUAUCAAUGAUCCCAAUUGGCGGACUAGAUCGGCAUCCCUCUCAUAUCUCCGUACCUUCAUGUACAGGCACACAUUCUUACUUUCUGUUUCAGAGAAAGUUCAAAUCUGGAACAGCAUUGAGAAACUCCUUGUUGAUAACCAAGUAGAGGUGAGGGAACAUGCCGCGGGGGUUCUGGCAAGCUUAAUGAAGGCUGGAGAUGAAGAGCUUUCAGCGGUUUUUCGAGAUCGGGCAUUUUCAGAAGCACAGUCGAUCAUCAGAAAAAGGAAGCAAAGAAAAUCGGGAUCUGGUCAAUCUACCGCUUCUAUACAUGGCGCCGUUCUCGCACUAUCUGCUUCUGUGCUAUCGAGUCCAUAUGACAUGCCCAGCUGGCUGCCAGAUCAUGUAACGUUGCUGGCCCGAUUCAUCACAGAGCCCUCUCCCAUUAAAUCUACGGUUACAAAAGCAGUUGCAGAGUUUAGGCGAACUCAUGCGGAUACCUGGAGCAUUCAAAAGGAUUCAUUUAACGAAGAACAACUGGAGGUUCUAGCGGACACAUCAUCGUCGUCUUCAUAUUUUGCUUAGAGGAGACCAAUUCUGUAUCUCUGUACCAUAAUUAUUUAUUCAUAAACAUUUGUUACCGAAGGAAAUAGAAAGACAAUAAGCAAGCAUUCAUGCUAUUCAACAGCACCAGAUGCAUCUUAGCUACAGUUAUUCUUUCA